AUGAAGUACUCCAUCUCCCUCGCUGCUCUCGCAGCCGCUGGCAUGGUCUCAGCAGGACCAAUUGCAGUCCGUCAAUCGUCGACAGACAUCGAUGUUACGAUUCUGAACUACGCACUAACCCUGGAGCAUUUGGAGGACAAGUUCUACCGUGAAGGUCUUGCCAACUACUCCCAAGCAGACUUUGCCAGUGCUGGCUUUGACGCUACCUUUUACGCCAACCUUCAGGAAGUCUCCUACGAUGAGUCAACCCACGUCAGCUUCUUGACAAAGGCUCUCGGCUCUGCUGCCACGGCCGAAUGCACCUACUCCUUCCCCUCCACGGACCCAAAGUCCUUUGUCGCUCUCGCCGCUGUCCUCGAGGGCGUCGGAAUCUCAGCCUACCUCGGAGCAGCAGCCCUGAUCACCAACGCCGACUAUCUCACCGACGCCGGUUCCAUCCUGACCGUCGAGUCUCGCCACAACUCCUACCUCCGGGCUGCGCAGAAACAAUCCCCCUUCCCCCAGCCCUUCGACGUCCCCUUGGACUUUGACGAGGUCUACUCGCUCGCCUCGGCAUUCAUCGUGUCCUGUCCAGCAACCAACCCCACGCUACCCGUUAAGGCCUUUGCACCCCUCACGGUCACCACAACUGGGUCCGUCAAGAGCGGCGAUGUCAUCACGGUCGCUACCCCAGGCUACACUCUCGUUGCCGCUAACGGCAAGGAUCCGGUUUACGCUGCCUUCAUCACCGUCACUGGUCCUCUCAUCAGUGUCGCUACACCCACUACUGGUGGUUUCGAGGUCACGGUGCCCACGGGAAUCAACGGCCAGAGCUAUCUCGUUCUGACCUCAUGCAGCGACACCGUCACAGAUGAUACCAUCAAGGCCGGGCCAGUGAUUGUCGAGAUCACAAACCCCUAUCCAUCCACCUUGUAA